CCUCUGCUCUCACACAGCCCAGGAGCGGGGCCCCCCUCUCUCUGCAGGCACAGGGCCCCUCUCUCCCCCUCUCUCUGCAAGCACAGGGCCCCUCUCUCCCCCUCUUCCCCUCUCUCUCUGCAGACACAGGGUCCAUCACCCUCCACAAGUUGAGCAGAGAAGACUCUUUGCAUCUUUUUUUUUUUUGCAUUGCCCAAGGCUGCAGCGCGGACGAAUCCCUGAGCCAGGAGAGGGUGACGUGCUUCUUGCGGAUGAACACCUUAGCCGCCUUGUGGCAGAUAUAGAGCUGCAGUCAGCCUGCUCCUCAUCACUUUGCUGGGACUGCUGCUGCUGCUGCUGCUGCGGGCUGUGUGCACCAAGCUGUGCUCCUAUCACUUCACUCAUUCUGUAGGCAACCAGAGGAGGAGGAGCAGGCUCGGCUCUGCUAUUCCACACCACUAGCCCAUCAUCACCUAUAGAAAACUCGCUGGAAACUAAGGAGCUGUCCAGCACUGGAGCCUCCUGAAGAUGAAACUCCCUUAUGUCUACCUGCUUGGAUUACUUGUCACCAGUGGGCAAGCUCUUCUACAAGUGUCAAUAUCACUGAGCAGAGUGGAAAUUAGCGUGGGGCAGUCCAAGUAUUUCACAUGUACAGUUUUGGGAGAGGCCGAGACAAUAGACUGGUAUAGUCCCCAAGGUGAGAGGAUAACAUCAAAUCAAAGAAUUGUGGCACAAAGAGAAGGCAUGAGAUCAUGGCUCACAAUAUACAACGCCAACAUAGAUGACGCCGGGAUAUAUCGUUGCCAAGCUACUGACUCUAAGGGACACACUCAAGAGUCUACAGUUGUUCUGGAAAUUUACCAGAAACUGACAUUUGAAGAGGUCAGGUCACCUCAAGAAUUCCGGAAAGGGGACGAUGCAGAAGUUGUCUGCCAUGUCAGCAGCUCACCCGCUCCAAUGGUCAGAUGGUUGAGUAAUGGUGAAGAUGUAACAGACAUUGAUGACAGUCGAUUUGCGAUGUUGGCAAACAACAAUCUUCAGAUUAUGAACAUCAGUAAAAGGGAUGAAGGCAUUUACAGAUGUGAGGGGCGAGUCGAGGUUAGAGGAGAAAUUGAUUUCCGAGACAUCUUUGUCAUUGUGAACGUUCCUCCAGCUAUCCUAAUUCAACAAAGAUCCUUCAAUGCAACUGCAGAUCGUCAAGAGGACAUUACUAUAUUUUGCCGGGCCACUGGCUCUCCCAAACCUUAUAUUAGCUGGCACAGGAAUGGAAAAAUGCUUGAAGAAAAUGACAAGUAUUCAGUACGAGAAGACAAUACAGAAUUAACAAUUAAAAAUAUCAUUAACAGCGAUGCCGGAUCUUAUACCUGCAGAGCUACCAACAAAGCGGGAUUUACUGAAAAGCAGUCGUUUCUACAAGUGUUUGUGCAGCCUCAUAUUAUACAAUUGCAAAAUGAGACUACGGUUGAAAAUGGUCACGUGACCAUGACAUGUGAAGCAGAAGGAGAACCCAUACCAGAGAUUACAUGGAAGAGAGCCAGUGACGGAAAGACUUUCACUUAUGGCGACAGGAGCCCUGACGAUCGUAUAGAAAGUAUAGGACAUCACGGGAAGUCCUCCUUGCGUAUUAGAAAUGUGAUGCUAUCAGAUGCAGGAAGAUAUGACUGCGAAGCAGCAAGCAGAAUUGGUGGCCAUCAGAAGAGCAUGUAUCUCAAUGUCGAAUAUGCACCAAAAUUUAUUUCAAAUCAAACCAUCUAUUAUUCCUGGGAAAACAAUCCAAUUAAUAUCAGUUGUGAUGUGAUUUCCAACCCACCAUCAUCAAUUUUCUGGAGUAAAGAAAAAUUUUUGUUACCGGCACGGAAUAUAACAAAUAUAAAAACCUACAGGGAUGGGAAGAAGAUUCUUUUAGAGAUCACUCCAAUAUCAGACAAUGACUUUGGACGAUACAACUGUACAGCAAUCAAUUCAAUAGGUUCAAGGAUUCUGGAAUAUACGCUCACGUUGGCUGAUGUGCCUUCCAGUCCACAUGGUUUACGAGUUAAAGAACUGUCACAGACAAAGGCCAAAAUAUAUUUCAAUAAUCCAGACUCACAUGGUGGCGUCCCAAUUCAUCACUAUCAAAUGGAUUUUAAAGAAGUGUCUUCAGAUACGUGGAAAGUUGUCCGUUCAAAUGGAACGCAAACGACUGUUGUUCUGGACAAUUUAGAAGCCAACACAACAUAUGAAGUCAAGGUUGCGGCCGUCAAUGGCAAAGGACAAGGAGAAUACAGCAAAAUAGAAAUUUUCCAGACGCUUCCUGUUCGUGAACCAGGUCCACCAUCUAUUCAUGGACAGCCAGGUGCAGGCAAGAGCUUCAAGCUAAGCAUAAAAAAGCAAGAUGACGGGGGCGCCCCAAUUUUAAAUUAUGUUGUUAAAUACAGAAGUAAAGACAAAGAAGAUCAAUGGCUGGAGAAGAAAUUCCUUGGCAAUAAAGACCAAAUUGUUCUAGAACAUCUACAAUGGAAUAUGGGAUAUGAAAUUCAGAUCAUAGCAACAAAUAGACUCGGCCAUUCUGAGCCAACAAUGUUUGAGUUUAUAAUGCCACCAAAACCUAAUAUCAUUGCAGACACCCUAUUCAGUGGCCUUGGAAUUGGAGCAGUCAUCGGUUUGGCUGUAGCCGCUCUCCUUCUAAUUCUCGUCGUGACGGAUGUCAGUUGCUUCUUCAUGAGACAGUGCGGAUUGCUUAUGUGCAUAACCAGACGGAUCUGCGGGAAGAAAAGUGGCUCCAGCGGAAAAAGUAAAGAAUUAGAAGAAGGAAAAGCUGCAUACUUGAAAUUACUACUAAAGGAGGAAAACGGCAAAGAAGCUCUGAGCGCCGAAACGAUUGAAAUCAAAAUAUCGAAUGACAUCAUCCAGACAAAAGAAACUGACAGUAAAGCGUAGCAUGACACAGCCCAUUAUCACUCAAAGAGGGAGAUGGUGAUACACACCCAAUGUCAGCACUCUGCUGCAGACAAUUAUUGGCUAAUAUUAGCUUUCGAUUGUCAGUACGUGUCCAUACCUGAACAACUCACAUCUACUGUACUUUAAGGUUUUGUUAAUUAAUUUAGUAUUUGUCUGACUGAUAACAGUAUAAAUGUAUAAAGUUGACAA